AUGACCUCGCCAUUGCGAAAGCACCGUACUUCUAGUGUUUCCAGCGAAAUCGAUCCAUUCGCUGCGGCACAUGUUUACUACAGCAACGAUACAAAUCAGAAAUCCUUUCGACAAUUCCGAACCCGUACAUACUCUUCAAAUCAAAGCACCUUCUCCGUACCCAUCUCAGGAUUAGAAAAGCCCAAGAGGCGAGGCAGUCAUGAUGAUAUCGGAGAUCAUGGACGCAAAUUCUUGAUACAAGUUGACUCGACACUGGAAGCCCUCCGAAAACAGGAAGACACAGAUGACAACCACCAAAUUACAAUUGAAGAUGUAGGACCAAAGACUCUUCCUCUCGGAACCGCUACGUCGAACGGAUUUAGAAGAUACGACAUUCGUGGGACUUAUAUGCUAUCGAAUCUUUUACAGGAAUUGACUUUGGCGAAGGAAAAUGGUAGAGAGCAAAUUAUCUUGGACGAAUCUCGCCUCAAUGAGAAUCCUGUCAAUCGCCUCUCAAGAUUGAUACAAGGCUCGUUCUGGGAUGGCCUGACUCGUAGAAUCGAUGGCUCGGUGAUUGAGAUUGCUGGGCGUGAUCCUAAGGAUUGGACCGAUGAUCCCCGUCCGCGUAUCUACAUACCACGAGGUGCACCUGAGCAGCAUGCAUACUAUACCAAAGUGGCGACUGAUAGACCUGAAGUGCGUCUAGAUGUUUGUUGGCUACCUGAGAAAAUUACACCAGAAGUUGUUCGUGAUAUGAAUUCCAAGCCUGGUCUUUUAGCUGUUGCCAUGGAGGAAGUUAUAGAUCCAUCAACAGGCGAGAAGACUCUCAAGGGGUUACCAUUCGUAGUACCAGGUGGUAGAUUCAACGAACUUUAUGGAUGGGACAGUUAUAUGGAAUCACUCGGUCUAAUUGUCAACGACAAGGUACACUUAGCCAAAUCGAUGGUACAAAACUUCUGCUUUUGCAUUGAACAUUAUGGAAAGAUCCUCAACGCCACUAGGUCAUACUAUUUAUGUCGUUCUCAACCACCAUUCUUGACAGAUAUGGCCCUUCGAGUUUUUGACAAGAUCAAGCAUGAGCCAGGAUCAUUGGACUUUCUAAAGACGGCCAUUCUUGCCGCCAUCAAGGAAUAUCAUAGCGUGUGGACGGCGGAACCAAGAUAUGACCCAGUGACCGGUCUAUCGAGAUAUCGCCCUGAAGGUCUUGGUGUACCUCCAGAGACUGAAGCAUCGCAUUUCGAACAUUUGCUAGCACCUUAUGCUAAGAAGCACAACAUGUCGUUCAAAGAAUUCGUUGAUGCUUACAAUAAUGGAAGAGUCGUGGAAAAGGAAUUGGACGAUUACUUCCUACACGAUCGAGCAGUUCGUGAAUCAGGCCAUGACACAUCCUACCGUUUGGAAAGGGUUUGCGCAGAUCUUGCAACAAUCGAUCUUAAUUCUCUUCUUUAUAAAUAUGAAAAGGAUAUCGCACAUACCAUUCGUACAUUUUUCCAAGACAAGCUUGAGGUUCCAGCCGAGUUUUGCGUGGGCGAUAUGAGGCCUGGUCAGCUACAAACUUCUUCAAUGUGGGAUCGAAGAGCCAGAGGUCGUAAGCUGGCCAUUGAUAAAUACCUCUGGAACAAAGAGAAGGGCAUGUACUUUGAUUAUAACACCCUGAAGCAAGAGCAGUGUACAUAUGAGAGUGCCACCACCUUCUGGGCGAUGUGGGCAGGUGUUGCUUCGCCACAACAGGCAGCCAGUCUCGUCACUAACGCUCUUCCUAAGUUUGAAGCUGCUGGAGGUUUACUUUCUGGAACUGAAGAGUCUCGUGGUGCCGUUGGAUUAGACCGACCAAAUCGUCAAUGGGAUUACCCAUAUGGCUGGGCCCCACAGCAAAUGCUAGCUUGGACGGGACUAUUACGAUACAAUUAUCAGGAAGAGGCCGAGCGACUUGCUUACAAGUGGUUGUUCAUGAUCACAACAGCGUUUGUUGAUUUCAAUGGUGUGGUGGUUGAAAAAUACGAUGUGACCAGAGUGAUUGAUCCUCACAAGGUUGAUGCAGAAUAUGGCAACCAAGGGUCGGAUUUCAAGGGAGUCGCUAAAGAAGGUUUCGGAUGGGUUAAUGCCAGUUAUGUUUACGGACUUCAAAUCAUCAAUGCACAUAUGCGACGAACCCUAGGAACACUUACUCCUUGGGAGCAGUACACCAAGGCCAUGAACCUUUGA